CUUCUUCCUAUAUAAACCCUACUAUAACUCUCCAGUUACCCAUCAGCCACAGCGGAUCUGAAGAAACCCUAAAUCGCAGUGAAGUAGAGUUACAAUGGCGGUUCCUCUACUGAAAAAGAAGGUAAUCAAGAAAAGGGUGAAGCAAUUCAAGAGGUAUCAGAGUGAUAGGAGAAUCACUGUCAAGACAAAUUGGCGCAGACCAAAGGGUAUUGACUCCAGAGUUAGAAGGAAGUUCAAGGGAUGUGUCUUGAUGCCCAAUAUUGGAUAUGGUUCCGACAAGAAGACUUGCCACUAUCUGCCCAAUUGCUUUAAGAAGUUUGUUGUGCACAAUGCAAGUGAACUUGAUAUUUUGUUGAUGCACAACAGGACUUGCUGUGCUGAGAUAGCUUAUAAUGUAUCCACGAGGAAAAGGAAAGAAAUAGUCGAGAGAGAAUCCCAACGUGAUGUCGUAGUAACUAACAUGCUUGCUAGGUUGCGUAGCCAAGGAGGAUGAAUGAGCUUUCUUGGUUCAAGGGUUGUCAACAGAUUUUUGAUGUG